UCAGCUGUUCGGUUUCUGACUUCGGAGAUUUAUACAGACAACACAAAUGAACGUGUCUGCUAGUGUGAGAGUCAAAUUGAUUAGAAUUGUUGAUAGUUUUGCAUAUCGGAAGAAAUUGACUGGCAGAAUUAGUGUAAUUUAUCAUCCCAUUCAGUCGUGUAGUGGCCUAGCGCUCGCCAGCUAGCCUAAUCGUAGUUCCAAGCUCGGCUUUCAAGGUUAACCUGUACAUUUGUAGUUGACUUUUUAUUGUUUUCAGUAUAGUUUUGAGUGCGCGCUGAGGAUUUAGUUUGUAGAAUGGGUUUGCUGAGUGAAGGAAGUCCGCUGAGUUGGGAGAAAACCAAGGAGCUUGCAGAUCAUGUUCGAAAACACGGGGUUUUGCAGUUCAUAAACUUGUACCAUCGACUGAAAAACAGAGAGGGUGAUGUGCUCAAAUGGGGUGAUGAGGUGGAAUACAUAAUUGUUUCGUUCGAUCAUGAAAAGAAGGUGGCACAAGUGAGCCUUAGGGCACCAGAGGUACUUACAAUACUACAAGAAAAAGAACUCAAAGAUCC